AAAAGCAGAGCGAGAAUCAGACUCUGGUGGGUAUCCACCACCACCGCUGGCUCUCGUUGCGACAGUGCCGGGAUUAUGAACCAACUCGUGUUGAGAUGCUUUUCAUCUCUCACACGAGUUGGUUCAUCGUUUUAAACUCUCCAGUUUUUCAAAUAAAAAUAAAAAAAACGUGCGAAUUUUUAAUAAAAUAUUUAAAAAGUGCACCAUGGAGGAUUACUCCUCCCCCAGCGAGCAGCCACCUCCACCACCACCCCCCAUUGCACCCCUGCCACCACCGCCACCCCCACUUUCGUCGCCAUCAUCAUCGUCGCGUUAAUUUUCGAGCGCAUAGUAUCAUUAUAAAUUCCGAAACGCGUAAGUUUUAAAUUUGGGGCGGUUUGGACAGACUAAAUUUGCUUAUCUUAAAAAUUGAUAAGUACACUGAUAAGCACUGUAGCGUUAAUUCUCGAGUGCAUAGUAUCAUUAUAAAUUCAGAAACGCUUAAGUUUUAAAUUUGGGGCGGUUUGGACAGACUAAAUUUGCUUAUCUUAGAAAUUGAUAAGUACACUGAUAAGCACUGUAGCGUAAAAAUUUGAGUGCACAUUAUCAUUAUAUAUUCAGAAAAGCUUAAGUUUUAAAUUUUUUGGCUAUUUAUUAUAUACAUGUCAUUAUUGCAUAAGCUGCCUUGCUACGGCUCUUGCCUUAUGAAGCGCCUCCCCCAGAAACUUUGACCCCAAAAAACUCAUGGUAGCGGCCAUUUUUAGUCGGACAACCAAGGCUGAAAAUGUAGCUCUUCUCAUGAAGAAAAAUCUGGCAUCAGGUUGUCAGACUAAAAAUGGCCGCUACCAUGAUUUUUUUAACGAUUUAUGUGUAUGUGAAAAAACCGCCAAUUUUCGAAUUUUGAAACUCUUGAUGCAUCAAAAUGUUCGUAUUCAAGGGGGAAGUCAAAUGUCAAAUGCAACUUGGGGUCUAAAUCUUUUUGUACCGAGUGUACAUUUAUUUUCUCACUUUUCCCAAUUUUCUUCCGCAAUUUUUGAAGGGGGUGUGGUUGCAUAUAAAUUAAUAAUAGCUACGUUAUAUUGAUCCUUUCACCAAAAUAUAAGGUUCCAAUUUUUUAUGCGAAAUUCGGUGACAUCGAGGCGAAAAGGGGUUGUACAGUACACUCGGCCUUCCUCAGCUAUAGGUCAAAGGAUUUGAAUGGAACGUGCGAGUGGCCAGUGGCCGGGGAAGCGUAGGGACAAAGGGACAAUGUCCCCAUGGUUGUUCAAUGUCCGCAUUAUCCGCCCAUCUUAUAUUCCUCUAAAUGUCCUCAGAUGUACCCCCGGCUUCCGCGGCCACUGCGAGUGGCAAGUGCAAAUGUGAAACGAGUUUGGCCAAUUUAUUCUUGCGGAUCGCCUUUUUAUUAGGAUGGAUUUCAUGUAGCUUGAUGGGCACUAAUAGCAGUAGAGGGAGUUACUCCGAGAAAACAUGGCCAGAUUUGAACGAAGAAAUUGAAUAAUUGUGGAGAAUCGAUAACGCGUUAAAAAUUUAAUGGACAUGAAAGUUAAAAUUUCGAAGUUUAACAUUACUAAAAAUUCUGAAGUGUAUUUUUUAAUUAAACAGCAAAACGAAAAAUAGGAACAAUACACCACGUGGUUUGAGGGCUCAUGACUUUUAAAUUUUUCUUUUAAGUAAGGGUUGAUGCAGUUAAAUUGUGUCUCAAACCAUGUCCGGCUUUACUCUAAUCUCCUCUGCACAAGUAAAUCCCUCUUCCUUAAUAUCCAACUCUGUGCUUAGAUGUAAUAAGGGGAGAGAUAAAAGGGUGAGACAAUUUAGGCAUUUGGCAUAGUCGUUAGGACGAUCAGUGCAGUGGACAUUCAGUCACAUUACAUCUGCUUCCUCUGGCUCACGAAAUGACAAACUUCCGAGAGAAAUUCUCUCUACUCUGGCUCUUUCAUUUUGCAAAAUUAUUUUGGAAAACUUAUAUUAUUAUCUACUCUACACUUCAGAAUAUUACAACGUUAGCCGACAAUAAUAGGAAAGUGUCUUGAGUCAAAACAUUCAAAAUGAUAUUAACAAGGGAGACUCAUACCAUUUUAAUGACCUGCCUGACACGGGGUGCAGUUUUAUUGGCUGGAUUCAUCAUGUUCUUCGCGAUACCUUCUUUCUUGGAACUCGUUUUCGAUGAAUAUCUUAACCUUCCUCUACGUGCCUCAAUCGCUAUCGUGUAUAUGUUUGGGUUAAAUAAAAACAAUCAGAAGGAUUUGGGCUUCGAAUCGUUCAUACGGGUGGUAUUGAAGGGAUUUUUAAUUAUAAUAUUCGCCUGGGAUACGAGGACAAUAUUCCAAAUAAAAAAGCCAUUUACAAUUUAUGAUCAAAAUGAGAUCCAAUUGGCGAUCUUACCUUUCGUGGACAACGUAACAGGGACGGAGAUUAAAUCGCCACAAGAUUGGAAGUCGCAAACAGCCCUGCUCAAUUGGAAACCCGAAAGGGGUUUAAUUGGGCACGCAUCACUGCUCCUGGUUAAUCGUGCCUAUAUUAGUGGAUGGCCUACUAGUAAUGAAGAUCAAACCACUAUCAAGGCAAUUCUCAAACCCAUGCGGCGUAAUAUUGAACGCACUUUGGGGGACGAUAUUCGCGAAGAAGGACGCUACCCCAACAGCGUAAUAUUAUUUCCGGAAGAUAUAAAGCUAAAUUAUGAAGAAAUGAUGAAAGAAUGGGAGCACAUUAAAAACACUCCGUACAUGCUGAGUAGGGGCAAUUGUGCCCAAACGGUGUAUAACAUCUUGGAGGCAGGAGGAUUCCAGAUCAGUCGGGUCAUGGGGGACGUUUUUAGACUUCAAUGGCACUUUCACGGACCCCUAACUCUCAAAUAUAUUGUUGGUAGUACAAUAAUUGCUAGAAGUAAAAUUGCUGCUGGGUGGGUGGCAAAACUGGCUGUAAUGACGGAUAUAGUCAUGCAAGACUUUGUAUCCUUUAAAAUACUUACUGCAGUGAUCCAGAUGGUUUAUUGGUGCUACCGAUUGAAAACGUAUGGGUCUGAUGAGUUUGACGUGCCUAUAAUUAAUGCAGCACCAAGGCCUUUGAAGUACUAUCAUGUCGUUAAAGUAGUUGGAUUUUAUUCCAUUGGAGAAACUUCUAGGAUUAAGUUCUUAAUAUUGUCAGUAGUAAUAUGGAUCGUUAGCUAUUUUAUGGUAGCCCGAUCUAAGGUUAAUACCGGGUAAUUUGAAGUUUUUUCCCUAAAGCUGAUUAUUUGUAAUGAAAUAAGUCCCGAUUUUUUAAAGUAUAAAUACUUUUCGUACAAAUUCGCAAACAAUUUAGAGUUUUAGAACUUAGGAUUAGUUUAGAGAUUGCUAAACCAAGAAGAUUUCAUGACACUUGAAACUGCCCUUUGAGCAUCAUCAAACACUUCAAUAAACUUAAUACCUAACCAUUUCACGCCCCCUUUGGGGGGGCAAUUUAAUUUCUAAUUUUUAGACUAUUUUUUACGCAAUUUUUCUCUCAAUCAGUUCUGCAUUAUGAUAUAUUUAUGUGUGACUUGUAUACAAAAAGUGCUCAAGUGAUUAAUUACUUUAGUGUGAAUUUAAUUAAAUGUACCUUAAAACGUCUAUAAAAUGGAUAGUCAAACUGGAAUAAAUGAGAAUCCCAUAUCCUCCCAGAAACAAAAUUGCAUAUUGCUUUAUCCGGCAGGAAGUCUGAAUUGCAUGAAAAUACAAGUAGCAUUGACUUCUUAAUUAUGAUUUAUCAAAUGAAGAUUUAACCAAAUUUGUAACCCCUUUUUACAAAUACCCAUAUUUUUCACGUGAAACUGAUGCAUAUAAUAAUGUGUCUCAGACACAGUGUCUGCAACCCCAGAGAGCGUGGCAUAUGUUAUUUAUUACCGUUUUUGCACAUACACUUUUGACGUCGAACUGAUACAUUUUUUAAUUGAGAAAUAGCAACGUGCAGUCAAUCAAUUGAAUAUUUAAUGUUAAAAAUUGAUCUUAAAACUGGACUGAUGCGGAUGUGAUGUCCUAUAAAAUUGUACUCUAUUUUUUUGGCAAAAAACAGAAUUUCAUAAAAAUUGCGUUGGAUUUCUAAAUAAUGAUCGACUUAUGAUGAAGAUUUCUUCGCAUACCACUGUUUCUACAUACACACACUUUUCACGUCUAACUGAUAUAUUUCCAAAUCGAGAAAUAUUUAACAGCGUGUAUUUAGUUAAUUGUACAUUAAAAAGUUUAAAAAAUGGAUCGUAAACCUGGACCAGAAUUAGACGUGGUCCUCUCAUAAGCAGAAUUUCAUUCUUUUUUUAUCAUCAGACAAUCAAAAUUGCUUAAAAAUUACAUUAACCCUCUAUAUCAUGAUUAUGAAACGCAAGAUAGAUCUGUUUAUAUUUAAACGAAGACCCAAUUUUGCCUAUACACAUUUUUGACGUCGAACUGAUACAUUUCCAAAUUGAGAAAUAUUUAAAAAUUGAACAUGAAAAAAGCUUACGACUAGAAGAUCAUCUAUAAAAUUUAACCGGUUUCGAAUCUUCCUCACAAACAAAAUUGGUUCCUGGUUUAUCAGUAAAAAACAAUCAAAAUUACACAAAAAUUUCAUUCAGCAUUUAAAUCACGACAACGCACAAAAGUUUUGUGACAAAACAUGGAAUCUGUUAUCCAACUUUAUAAGUUUUUUUUGCAUGUACACACAUUUUUGACGUGGACGUGAUAAAUUCCCCAAAUUUAGAAAUACUUAACGGCGUGAUUUAAUUAAUUGCAUAUUGUACAUUCAAGUUUAAAACAUGAUCUUAAAACUGGACCAGAUGCAAACGCAGUAUCAAAAUUGAGUACUAUUUUACCAGCAGAAAAUCAAAAUUACAUGAAAACUGCAUUGAUUCUACAAAUAUACUGCUGACUGUGCCAUGAACUGACUGGACGCAAAGUUAGUUGGACUUAAACUAUAACAACAUUGAGGAAGGAAUGGAUAUCAAGAAAUUAUUUCUAAAAUUAAAUUUUGCUCGGGAUUUAUUCGUCAAAAUGUGGUAUCAAUAUGCAAAAUUUUGUCAUGAUGGAUAUCUCCAGACGCGCAAUUUGUUUAUUGUUUAGGAUUGUAAGGAAAUGCAGGAAAAUAAUAAAUAGAUUAUCAUGACAUAAACGCCGAUAUGAGAUUUUGUAAUGAUUGAAAAUUCUUAAAAUUGCAAGUUAGAUGUGGUUUUCCUAGUAAAUCAUAGUAAUGUAUUAUUUAAAGUUUGAAAGAGAUUUAUCGAAUGUUGAUUUAUAUGAUAUUUAUUAAUUUAAAUUUAAAAUAAAUAUUUACUUGUGUAGUUAAGAAUUUAAAAUUUAAUAUUUAGUAUUGAAAUGUACUUACAGAAGGACGGACGGAUGGACAAAUCAAUUUAUAAAGUACUAACAACAAGUAUUUUACUAACCAGUAAAUAAUACAAAAAGUUAGAACGAUUUAAA